CAUAGACGUACUACACUAUCAUUAUAGAAGUGAAUGUUGCUUGGUUGCUUCCAGCAUUUUUGGUAACCAAGAAGAGGAGAUUGAAGAUUGAAGUCUAUGUAGCAAACGGACUCCCUGGCCGAAACGUUAAGUCCAGAAAAAAGCUGUCACUUGGAAACCACGAGAGGUUUGAUUGGAGAGCAGGCUUCAGCGACGUGAAGAUGUACAAGGACUACAGGUCUGGUCGGGCUGCAGAUUCAGAGCAGCAUUCGGCCUUGUACCGCUGCCCCCCCCGUGGGGACGUCAGAGGGGUGGCUCGGGAGGUCAGGGAAGCGGACGGCAGUUUAGCCUGCAGCGAGAGAGCGGCACCAGGUUAUACUACGGCACAGAAAAAUAACCGACCAUCAAGGGCAGAUACGCUAUUCCGAUUGGCCGAGAUGUCUCACGCUUGAACACCCUCCCCUUCGACCCAGCCACCAACAACGAACCCCUGCAGUUCACUAACUCCAACGGGCCCCUGGUGACUGACUGUCCGCUGGAGAACGGAGCGGAGAACAGCAAGAAGAGGAAGAGACCCAGCCUGCCCCCAGAAGGAAUUCGGAACAUGACCAUGGACUCCAGCCAGAUGGGAAUGCCCAUAUCAGACCCCAACGCCUGGGCGACUGCCAUGACCAAUUUGGGGAUGGCGCCAAUGGGCAUGACCGGACAGCCCCUCAUGUCAGAUUAUGACCCAAGCCUGGGCAUGAUGACGGGCAUUGCGCCCAUGAACCCUAUGAUGCCCGGUCUGGGCAUGGUGCCCCCGCCCAUCUCACAGGACAUGCCCAUCGUCAAGGAGAUCAUCCACUGCAAGAGCUGCACCCUUUUCCCUCCCAAUCCCAACCUGCCGCCUCCCGCUACCAGGGAAAGGCCCCCCGGCUGCAAGACCGUGUUUGUUGGCGGUCUGCCGGAGAACGCCACAGAGCAGCUGAUUGUGGAGGUGUUCGAGCAGUGCGGAGAAAUCAUCGCCGUCCGCAAGAGUAAGAAGAACUUCUGCCACAUCCGCUUUGCCGAAGAGUACACCGUGGACAAGGCCAUGUUCCUGUCUGGUUAUCGGAUCCGGCUGGGCUCCAGCACGGAUAAGAAGGACACAGGGCGGCUGCACGUGGACUUCGCUCAGGCGCGGGAUGACCUGUACGAGUGGGAGUGCAGACAGCGCAUGAUGGCGCGGGAGGAGAGGCACCGCCGCCGCAUCGAGGAGGACCUGCUCCGCCCACCCUCCCCCCCGCCCAUCGUCCACUACUCUGAGCACGAGUGCAGCCAGCUGGGCGACAAGAUCAAAGAUGACUCCCUGUUCGCCGAAGCCGUCCGCGUCCUGCUGACCUGGGUGGAGCGGGGCGAGGUCAACCGCCGCAACGCCAACAACUUCUACUCCAUGAUCCAGUCCUCCAACAGCCACAUCCGACGGCUGAUGAUCGAGAAGGCCGCCCACGAGAAGGAGAUGGAGGAGGCCAAGGAGAAGUUCAAGAACGCCCUGGCGGGGAUCCUGGUGCAAUUUGAGCAGAUUGUGUCUGUAUUCCACGCUGCUUCCAAACAAAAGGCAUGGGACCAUUUCUCCAAAGCCCAGCGCAAGAACCUGGACGUGUGGCGCAAGCAAGCCGAGGAGAUCCGCAACAUCCACAACGAGGAGCUGAUGGGCAUCCGCAGGGAAGAGGAGAUGGAGAUGUCGGACGACGACAUGGAGGACGUUUCCGAGAGCAAGGACUCUGAGGACUCAGGCCCUGCGGCCCAGGUGGAGGCUCUGAAGGAGGAGAACGACAGCCUGCGCUGUCAGCUGGACGCGUACAGGAACGAGGUGGAGCUGCUGAAGCAGGAGCAGGGCAAGGUCCAGCCGCAGCACAGCGAGGAGGACGCCACCCGCCAGCAGCAGCUCAGCUUCCUGCAGCAGGCCCUGCAGGGCAUGCAGAAGCAACUGCUGAAGAUCCGAGAGGAGCUGAAGCAGCGGGAGGCGGAGCUGGAGAAGAGCUCGGAGGAGAAGCAGCAGCUGGAGACUCAGGUGCAGAGCCUGCAGGAGAAAACGUUGGUCUUUCCCCCAACACUCCCGCCCCAGCUGGAGUCAGCAGAGCAGCCUCAGGAUGAUAAAUGCAUUGAGGAAAGCACCGCUCAAGCCAAUACUGCGGUGGAUGCCUCUGGACUAAAAGCUGUAGUUGUGCAGGAAUUGUCCGUGCCGACGGUGCUAUCCUGCACGCAGGAGAAGGAGAGUCCCCCCGAGGUGGCCCCCGCCAGCCCCAUCCAAUCAGAAAGAGAGGCCUUGCUUGUGGGUAUCAUCUCCACCUUCCUCCACGUGCACCCGUUCGGAGCCAGCAUCGAGUACAUCUGCUCAUACUUACAGUGCAUGGACAGCAAGAUCAGCACCUCAGAGGUGGAGGCCCUGCUCGGACGCCUGCCCCGCACGUUCAUGCAGGAGCUGACGGGCGUGGGCGCCAGCCUGGAGAAGCGCUGGAAGUUCUGCGGGUUCGAGGGGAUCAAGACCGCGUAGGGGCCGGGGGAGGGACGGGCCGGCGGCGUCGAGCGCGGGGCACUUUGAAUCACUCCCCUGAGCGGGGCCACAGCCCGCCGGUCUCAGACAGGAGCCGGACUUCAGAGCUCCUCGUGAGCCAGUGACUCGCGUCCGGCCCACCCGUGACCGUGCGGCAGGGUCUGGAGUUACACAGGGGGACAAUCAGGGUUUGCUGUAGGUUUCUUUCAUUCUUUCACGCUUUCUCUUUAUCUCUUUGUACUCCUUUCCUUCCUGUUGGAAAGAUGGAUGUACUGUAUAUAUACAUACACUGUACGUUUCGGUUGCCAGCCGUUCAGUUGUAAGGUUGUGUUCAUAUGUCGAGGAAAAAAAAGACUUGUGUGAGAGAGAAAAGAUUCAAAAAUAAGGUUUUAAUUUUUAUUAUAUUUGUUUGCCAUUUCCUUGGGAGGAGAGCGUUUUGAAGAAAACCAGGUGCAGCAUAUUUUAUUUUUCCAUAUUGUGAGUUAUUCUGGGACAAGGCUGCAGAGGACGUUUUCUCGGACAGCUUUGUCUUCAGGCUCAGUCUCACCUGCUUGAGCCUGGGGCCCCUACUGCUGACCAACUGCCCCAGCCACCCCACCCCUCCAGCACUAUUUCUCUACCGACAAGUGGAGCACAAGCAGCACUCUGCAGGUCGGAGGCUGGCCGAGGGGACGGCCGCCAUUUUGGCUCCUGUUCCCAUGGAGACGCACGCUUCCUGACUAGAAAAGGAGGCUGAGGGUGCUUGGCACUGUGGUUCUCCUGAGAGAAAGAGGAGACGUUAAUUGGAGGGAAGUACAGUAUGACCUUUUUCCGUGCUUGGGUUAUUUCCCGUUCUCUCAUUCCUUUUUUUUCUGUUCGGUUCCACUGCUGUUUUAAUGCUUUUCUUUAUUAUUUUAUUGUUUUUUUCCUCCUUUGGGUCAUUUAUUGCUCUGAAAUGUCAAAUCCAUUUCUUUCUCCCAGCGGGACAAGCUUCUCUGAGGUCUCAUUGUGCAGAAUCGCGACUGCCGCUGUGGUCAGAGGAGUGGGAUAGGGCAUGUUUCUUUCUGCAGGAAACGCUUUACUGGAGGUGUCUGCGAUGGUGUUGAGUCAUCAGCUCCCAGAGUCAUCAGUUUUUAAUUGGAUGAAGAGAAGCUGAACUGCAUGCUGGGACAGUUUUUUUUUUUUUUUGGGGGGGGGGGGGUUAUAUGCCUCCAGCAAGCCUGCAUUCAGUGAUGUAAAUAAAUCUGGCAGUGAAGUCACACGCAAAUUUGUACAAUUUCUGUCGCUCUAGGAGACCUUAGAUUUGUUCCAUAUGAUUUUCAGUUGUUGGCCAUCUGUUUCCUAAGGUUAUGUGUGCACUUCAUUACAUCCAGGUGCUUAUCUCUAUUUUGGCUUUCUGUAAUAGCAUGCUACUGUCCCCCCAGGAAUUCCAAUGUUUAAUCCAAGUGCCCACGUCACACUUGCUGCUGGUUCUCAACUCCUCAAAAAGAAAAUAGACCAUUGAAGGUGGAGGGGUGUCCUUCAGACCAAUGUCUGCAAAAACCCAUUCACCCCCCUCAUCUGCCAUGUGCUUGAAAGUUGGUUUCUUCUGAUACUGCCAAAGUCUAUCUUGGUAACUCUGUUAAUGUGUUCCUUUGUGUUAAGGUGUUUUUUCUGAUUAAUUCUGUCUUGUACAUCCAUUAUGUAUCAGGUGUUUCCCUUUAAAUAGCCUAACCAAAUACAAGGCCUUUUUUGAUCGUCAUAUUGGAACCCCUAUCACCUUGUACAGAUACAGUAUGCACAUCAUAUGUUGGUUUUUCUUUCCUUGCUUGUGUUAAAAAAAGAAAAAAAAAGCUUUUUGUUGAAAAUCACAUGCAAAUGUAGAUUGUACACAUGUGCAGGGUGACGUGUAUGUGCAGACAAAAGCAUCCUGCUUUUUUAUUUUUUCCUUCCAUAAUGUGAAGUAAAUCUGCACUGUUGAAAUGCACUAAAACUAAGUGAUUCUUUUAAGAAGUGCCCCCCUUUAUUCAUUGGCCCUCUCCAGACCAUUGAGAAUGUCUGUUCUACAUUUAAAUGCAUUCUUGUGCCAGAUUUACAGUUGUAGCAAGUUCAGUUAUUUAAUGCACAGUUACACCUAAUAGUAGAAAAAACACUGGAGCACCGAAUCCAACAUAAAUAAUUGAUGUCAUGUAAGAAGCUUGUUUUUUAAAGAGAUUUGAGCAUCAAGCAAAUGGACCAAUUUUAUCUCACUGGAGUCCUUCUGAAACGCACUCUGCUUUCUUGCAUUAGUUGAAUGCAAAGUUGUAUGUCAUCUAUGGGAUUCAAGUUGAAUUAGAAUUGACAAAAUCUUGUCGGACCUAAAUGAUAUUUCCACUGAAUGAAAUGGGAAAUUCAGUUAGUGAAUGAUUUCCUGGAAGAGAGGGCCAUGUGAAGGAGAGUGAUCAGGAGCACUAGAACAUGUCAGAACUGCAAAGUGGCAACUGAUAACCAGUGAGCACCCUGGAGCCUUUAAAACCACACACAUUUCUGCCGUUAUGCUAAUGAAUUGGAGCUGAAGUGAAGGCAAUGGUUCACACGUGAAAUAUAUUUCCAUUAAACUCAUGGUUGAUGAAAUGAAGUGAAUGCCGGCUGCCGCUGAAAUGAGCUAAUUAUAUGGUAUCUGCAGAUGCCCAGCAACAGUAGUGGGCAAGUGUAUCCCCUCAUGGCAAAUGUUUAAACAGUGAGUGGGAACACAGAAGUUGAAUCAACAUUUCUGGAAAACAGUCACAUACUCCCCCCAUCCUCCCCAUCUCCCAUCCAGCAGGAGUAGAUGACUACCAGCGUCCAUCUGUUCACGUCGCAGCUAAGAGAAGCUGUGAAAGACGGUGGCUGUCACAAUGAGGUUUGAGGUAAUCAAAAGAUAAAUCAAGGCUUUAAAAACAGACCUUGAAGCGUAAUGGAGAUUUGACUUGAUUCAGUUACCUCCCCCGCUGGUAAAAGUGUGUUACACUCUCAAGGUUGAAGUCUUCGCACUGCUGAACACAACUUUCUGGCAAGAGUUUAGAUGUCAUAAGCCUCAUAAAUCUUUGCAUUUAGUGCCCUAAAACCACGGAAUGUCAGGCCACAGUCCGAGCCAAUUGCCUGUCGUGGGCAGGGUUGAAUUGUUCUCCGUGUCCCAAGUAUUGCUUAAAGGGACUGUGGGGAUUUUCUGUCUACUGAAUCGAUGGGAGAGAGACCAUUCAUUUUGCAAUUGCAGGAUGAAGUACAACUGAGAAAGUUGUUUUUGUCACCAUUUUCUUUUCUUGAGCAUUCUACCAAAAAGACAAAAAACUAUUAUCUUAAAUAUAUGCUGUCAUAAAGUAAUUUUAGGUUUACUUAUGCGAACUAAGGUUUUGGAGUUGUUGCUGAAGUUAUGUUAGGACUGCUUGAACCAUAGGUUUUUUGCAAUAUUUCAUCAUAUUUACAUGUUUGAUAUGAAAACUCUUGAUGCUUCUGGGCUUGUGUGCUGCUUAGCUGUUUUUAACAAUUGAGUCUCAUUCACCAUCUCUGUAGACCCAAAUCCUCUAAUCUUUCAAGAGGGAAAACAUAUUUGUACAGAAGGUGAGCAUAUGUAUUGUUGAAAUAUGUAUUUUUAGAAAUAAAGCUGUUUGUAGUAAAA